ACUCACAGCACACAGGCACCAACUAGAUGGAGUAGAUUGCUACAGUAGCAAUAAGUAGAGGCCAGAAAGGCAGAGGACCAUGCUCUGUCGGUUUCUUAUCAUCAAUAAAUACACUAAAAUUCAAUAAAUUCACUUAAUAACCAAGACCCACUUCUCCCUUUUUCUGAAUUUCACAUUAUCCAAUCCAAAUGGACCCUCCUCUUUUCCACUACUUUCUUCUUCUUGUUUCUCUCUUUCUUUGUACUCUGAUUUCAGGAUGUUAUGCCACAUUGGAGGAAAAUGGCGAUUCGGAAUCAUCUGAAAGUCAUAAACAUAAUGUAUUAUGGAAACCAACAAGAAGAUUUAUGGUUCAAGAUUCAGAAAAGAGGCCUCUUAAUAUUGUUUUUAAAGAACCAGCUAGAAAUUGGACUGAUGCUCUUCCUAUUGGUAAUGGCCGUCUUGGUGCUAUGGUUCAUGGUGCUAUUCUUUCUGAGAUUAUUAAUCUCAAUGAGGACACACUUUGGACGGGCAUUCCCGGAAACUAUACAGAUCCAAAAGCUUCAGAGGCAUUGGCAACUGUUAGAAAGCUCGUUGACAGUGGAAACUAUUCUGAAGCAACCGUUGUCGCAGACAAGGAGCUUUCUGGUGAAGCAUCCGAUGUUUACCAGCUUUUAGGUGAUCUCAUACUGGAAUUUGAUGACCACAAUGACACUCAUACAGAGCAAACUUACCAUAGGAUGCUGGAUUUGGAUACUGCAACUGUUAAUGUAAAAUACUCUGUUGGUGAUGUAACAUUCACAAGGGAACACUUUGCAUCAAAUCCAGAUCAAGUCAUUGUGACAAAGAUCUCAUCCACCCAAAAAGGAUCACUCUCUUUCACAGUCUAUUUAGAUAGCAAAAUGCAUCAUCAUUCCUACAUCGAUGACAAAAACCAGAUUAUAAUGGAAGGAAGCUGCCGUGGUGAAAGAAUACCGCCUAAAAUUUUUGAUGUUGAUGACAAUCCUAAGGGAAUUCAGUUCUCUUUGAUUCUCAAUCUACAAAUUAGUGGUGAUAGUGGGGUUGUGCAUAAUGUUGAGGACCACAAAUUGAAAGUUCAAAAUGCUGAUUUUGCAAUCGUUCGUUUGGUGGCUUCAUCAUCAUUUGAUGGACCAUUCACCAAGCCUUCAGAUUCCGAAAAAAAUCCAACUUCAGACGCUCUCACUAUGAUGAACUCAAUUAGUAGUCUCUCAUACUCGACUCUUUAUUCCCGUCACUUGGAUGACUAUCAGAAACUCUUUCGUCGUGUUUCACUUGAGCUGUCUAAAACAAGCAAGACUGAUAGUAAAAACGAUCAAAUAGUUAGUACAGCAGAGAGGAUACGUUCAUUCCAAACAGAUGAAGAUCCGUCUUUGGUGGAGCUAUUGUUUCAGUAUGGUCGAUACUUGUUGAUUUCAAGUUCUCGGUCAGGUACUCAGCCUGCAAAUCUACAAGGAAUAUGGAAUAAGGAUAUUGAACCACCUUGGGAUUGUGCUCCUCAUACGAAUGUCAACCUUCAAAUGAACUAUUGGCCUUCUCUACCUUGUAACCUUCACGAGUUGCAAGAACCGUUGUUUAAUUAUAUGGCAUCCCUUGCCAUCAAUGGAAUGAAAACCGCAAACGUAAACUACAAAGCUGGUGGUUGGGUGGUGCACCAAGUAUCGGAUAUAUGGGCAAAGACAUCACCUGAUAGAGGCCAAGCAGUUUGGGCCAUGUGGCCAAUGGGUGGAGCUUGGCUUUCUACUCACUUAUGGGAACACUACACUUAUACAAUGGACAAGAACUUCCUACAAACCAAAGCAUACCCAUUACUCGAAGGAACAGCAUCGUUUUUAUUAGACUGGUGGAUCGAAGGAAAAGAUGGGUACCUAGAAACUAACCCUUCAACUUCUCCCGAGCAUACAUUUACAGCCCCGAACGGAAAGCCUGCGAGUGUGAGCUAUUCGUCAACCAUGGAUGUGGCAAUAACUAAGGAAGUAUUUUCGAUAAUUGUUUCUGCAGCUGAGGUAUUGGGAAAAACUGAAGAUGUUCUAGUCAGAAAAGUUCAGAAGGCUCAGGCUAGACUACCAUCAUACAAAAUAGCUCGGGAUGGCUCACUUAUGGAGUGGGCUCGAGAUUUUGAGGAUCCUGAACCACAUCAUAGACAUGUAUCUCACUUAUUUGGGAUAUAUCCCGGGCAUACAAUUACUCCUGAGGAAAAUCCAGAUCUUUGUCAUGCUGCAAAUUAUAGCCUUUAUAAACGAACCGAAGAUGGCCCUGGGUGGUCUACUGUGUGGAAAGCUGCGCUGUGGGCAAACCUGCGUAACAGCGAGCAUGCAUAUCGAAUGGUGAAGCAUAUAUUCAACUUGGUGGACCCUGAUCGUGAGGGAAGCUUCGAAGGAGGGCUUUACAGUAAUCUGUUCUCGGCACAUCCUCCUUUUCAGAUAGAUGCAAACUUCGGCUUUUCUGCAGCAAUAGCAGAGAUGCUUGUUCAAAGCACUAUAAAAGAUCUGUACUUGCUACCGGCUUUUCCAAAGGAUAAAUGGCCAAAUGGUUGUGUGAAAGGACUGAAAGCUCGAGGUGGUUUGACAGUCAAUAUUUGUUGGAGCGAAGGAGAAUUACGAGAAGUUGGGCUUUGGACAAACAACUCUAAUUCUGUCAAGAAAAUACACUAUAGGGAUACUAGUGUUAUGGUACAAAUAUCAUCUGGUAAAGCCUACACAUAUGACAGGCAAUUGAAGUGCAUAAACAUAGAUUCACUUCAAUAGAUUUUUAUUCUUUCAGUCUUACACAAAUAGAUGCAGCCAUGCAGGUAAGAAAUUCUUGCAUUUAAUGCAGAACUGGUUUUUGUGUUCAUUCUUUAAAAGAAAAUAAGUUCCUCAAAGCUAAUGUUUCUUUCUUCCUAAUUUGACUAGAAUACAAUUGCGGUAUGUUGAUGGAGAAAAUUUAAUGUUUUCAACCCCUAUCUUGAAAGCAAUGAUAAUUAUUUGUGGAUUAUUAACAACA